GACUUUGCAAAUCGACGACGUGUCCUUUGAUGCAACAGUGUCUCUUCUAGGCUGAAAGAAUGACGGUGUCUGAAGAAAUGGCAACAGAACUGGCGAAUAAAAAGGCGGAGCGGGAUGCUCUCAGGGGAGUCAUACAGCAGUGGAACGCCAAUCGCUUGGAUCUGUUUGAACUUUCGGAGCCCAAUGAAGACCUGGAGUUUCACGGUGUAAUGAGGUUUUAUUUCCAAGACAGCGGUCAAAAGGUCGCUACUAAGUGCAUCAGGGUUGCCUCGGACGCGACCAGCCAGGCAGUGAUAGAAACACUCAUAGAAAAAUUUCGUCCCGACAUGAGAAUGCUAUCCGUCCCAGAAUACGCCCUUUACGAGAUUCAUGAGAAUGGAGAGGAGCGUAAACUUGAUUUAGAAGAAAAGCCACUACUAGUUCAACUAAAUUGGCAUAUGGACGAUCGGGAAGGACGCUUCUUGCUGAAGAGGAUCGACGAUAAAACUAAUGCGCAGGGCGUUGGUUUUACUUCAGCCGAGGGCUCUAGCUUCCGAAGAAAGUUGAGCAAGCGGGAGAAAAAACAGAUCAAGAAGCAGGAGAAGCUCAGUCGACUGAAGAGUUUAGAGCAGGAUGAGAAUGCGGUGCCUGGUGAUCCGAACGGUGUCGCCGAGAAGCUUUAUACGGAAUUGCCUGAGACCAGUUUUACGAGGAGCAUCUCGAAUCCAGAAGCGGUGAUGAGACGACGCCGUCAACAGAAGCUUGAAAGAAGGCUCCAACAAUUUCGUAGUAAAGACGGUGGUCCUGACACAGGCGGCACAUUGAAAAUUUAUGGUGAGGCGUUGUGUAAGGACGUUCCAUACAAAACGCUGCUACUGAGUGUGCGAGAUUCCGCCGCUCAGGUUGUGCGAGAGAUGCUUUCUAAAUAUGGUCUGGAAAAAGUGGACCCGCAGUUAUAUUGCCUUGUGCAGGUUAAUAGUGAGAACGUGAGUGGUAAUGCGCAUCAGGAAUAUAUAUUGGACGACGACGAGUGUCCUUUGGCGAUAUUAAUGAAUCAUCCUUCCACGCGAGGUUCUAUUAUGUUUCACGUGAGGAGGAGGCCUGCAGAUUACAUGCCGCGGAAACGUAAAAAGAAACCAUCCGGAAAGUGGAACGAGCUGGAUCAUAAGUAUGAGGAUGAGAGGCUACCAUUUCUGCUAGAACUUAAUCCUGACGGCAGCGAUAUCCCGAAUGGCGCCGGAGUGCGACACCGAUUACAACCGAAUGUCACGGAGGUAGGAUCAGAGAGACCGAUAGGACCGCAAGCGGUGCAAGCGCAAACACUGACGCUGCCGGGACCGACGGUGAUGCCCAGGCAUUGCGUUAUAGCCUUUACCGAGAACAUUGUGACUCUUACGCCGUGUUCCAGAGACGCGCAUACGUAUGUUAACAAUCAGAGGAUACAUCAAACGACCAUUCUGCAGGUGCGUCCGUUUUUGCAAUCAGGGUGUAGUCCCGUAUAUUCGUAUUUUGACGUCAGCUCAGAGAAGUUUCAUCCGGGGUCUGGAACACCGAAUGGCGGUGGUCAGAUCCCGGGUCAAGCUCAAGAGCGAGCGACUCCGUCAAGCCCCUCGAAGUCUGCUGUUGCAGCAGUUCGUAGUCCUCGUAGUCCCACGCACCCGCCGGAGCCCACGCACAAUUACGAGACCACUUUCGACCUGGAUGGAAACGUGGAAACCGCUAGUCUGAGCAGCAGCAGGGACGGCAACAGGCUCUCACAAUACGAUCGGCAACCGCGAGGCACCGAUCCAAUUCUGCCAGCUGUCUUAGAAUUUCUCGAGGAGACAGAGGAGACAUUCCUUCACGCUGUCAUCACCGAUGUAGAACCCUCGGCGCCACAGUUCAAGUUGGCGCCAACGUACACCCUCUAUCUCAGCGCCAGAUAUCGCGCCAGCACUCAUUACAGACCAGAAUUGCAGCCUACGGAAAGAGCGCAUCGACUUACCGUCAUGUUGGCGAAUGUUGCUACUAUGAUACAACGCGUUAUCCAGGAACGUUACAUGGACGCUUCGUCGUUGGCCUUUUGGUUAGCGAAUGGCUCGGAGCUAUUACAUAUGUUGAAGAGUGACCGGCAUGUGGGUGCAUUUUCCACGCGAGCGCAAGAUAUCCUGGCAGAAGCGGUACAUACAGCCUUCGGCUCGUUGGUGCGCUGCGUCACAUUAGAGCUCACACCAGCAAUGACACAGUUCAUGGCGGACGCAGAUGAACCAGCGAAGGAGGCUGGAGUGCUGCAGAUUUUUUCAAACACGAUGGCCUUAUUACGACGAUGCCGUGUGAAUGCUGCAUUGACGAUACAGUUAUUUAGUCAUCUGUUUCACGCGAUCAAUGCCACGGCUUUCAAUACCCUCGUCUCGAAUGGAAAUCUGUGCGUCAGAUGGUUCGGACGCAGACUCAAAGCGAGGUUGAACGCAUUAGAGACCUGGGCCGAAAGACAAGGCCUGGAACUUGCCAGUCAAUGUCAUUUGGCGACGAUCAUGCAGGCAACUCAUCUACUACAAGCUCCGAAAUACAAUGCUGAGGAGCUGGCCACGCUAAGCUCAACCUGCUUUAAAUUAAAUUCUUUACAAGUGAGGGCGUUACUACAAAAAUAUCAACCGGCCGCGGACGAGCCUAGGCUACCUGCCGAGUUGAUCGAGAACGUAGUGAGAGUAGCAGAGAGUGUCGCGGAUACACUUGCACGUGCAGACGGCCGCGAAAUAAGACUAGAAGAGGAACCUGUCCUAGGGUUAGCAUUACUACUUCCCGAGGAUGGCUACAGUUGCGAAGUAAUAAGAGGUGUCCCACCGGGAUUAGCGGAAUUUCUGGCACCUCUGCAACGAGACGGAUUAUGUCGAAUGGCAGCUCAACCUACCAGUAGUGGUUAUUGGACCAUUUACAUGAUAGACCAUCACAACAAUUUGCGUAGUCCCAGCGCAAUGAGUAAUAGAUCGGGUGGCUACAUCAGUCACAUAAAUCAAAACCAAACUCAACCUGAGAUACAUGUUAUUAAAUUACACAAAAGUACCAACGGUAUGGGCUUAAGCAUCGUUGCAGCAAAGGGCGCAGGACAAGAUCGUUUAGGUAUCUACAUCAAAAGUGUUGUUGCUGGUGGUGCCGCAGAUGCUGAUGGCAGAUUGACGGCAGGUGAUCAACUACUCAAGGUAGACGGACAAAGUCUGGUCGGGAUAACGCAGGAAAAAGCUGCUGAGUAUCUUGUACGUACCGGUCCGAUCGUAACAUUGGAAGUUGCGAAACAGGGCGCUAUAUAUCAUGGACUCGCAACGUUAUUAUCUCAACCUUCUCCUGUGAUGUCAAGAGCAUGUAAGACUCGGCCCAGGUCCGAGCUCUUAGAGUCGGCGGUAGAGGCAACGGAGACGACCAAUCAGCCAGCCACGUCACACUCAAUGGGCGACUUAUUGUCCUUUCCGAAGCAGGCGCCGUGUCAGGAGUUAGUUCAACCAGGAAUUACGAAAGACUAUAAACACUCGCUGUUAAUGGAACCGCUGACUGUCGAUAGAAAUCUUUUCGAUAAUAUACCCUACAUUGAUCAAACCGACGAUAUUAAUUUUACAGAGUCCUCUGAAUGUGUUCAGACAAACCCAAAUAACAAAUGCGAGCAUUGUAUUAACGCCGGCUGUAACAACUAUAAUCUUAAAAAUUCUCAGAAACGCACAAAUAUAGAGCGUAAUAGACAGCAGACUUUCAACGGUCUAGAAUCUAGUUUUGAGUUAAAUACAUAUAACAAUCCAAGCUUUUCAUUGACUAGUUCGUUUCCUGCGAAUAAAUCAAUAUUGUUUACCAAAGACGUUACAAUUGGAUCAGGUUCCAUUGUAGAAUCUAAAUCAGACGAUUUCUUGCGUCUUCAAGACGUGGAUACCAUAAAACAUGUAUUGAAUAUUGAUAAACGGUACGAGGACAAAUUAGAUGAUACGUCCAAUUCCGAAGAUUGCGCGGACGAAUCUAGUUCCACGAUUAACGAUGAUUGCGCGUCGAGUAGAACUGAGAGAGAUACCGAGGAAGGAAUCUCGACUCCUAAAAUGUACACGAUAAUGCCAGAGUUGCAUCUCGAUCUGAGCGGACUGAAUAACGACGUGUCCAGUGACAAAUCUAAAAUGGAGAAGUGUUGGAAGUCACCGGAAGAAGUGCGCUUAGGGUGCGGUCGAGUCGCAGCGCUAGCGAAACAUUUCUCGAAACUUGGCGACGGAGGUCUGAUCAAGUUUAAGUCCAUCAAAUUGAAUGGUUCCCGUCAAUUCGUGUCGGAGCCAAAUAUCAUGACGUCGCAUAAAAGCGACGAACAUUUGCACCAUCCUUAUCAUGCACAGAAAGAAUACAAAUCGGAUUCGGACUUGGCAAGAGAAAGAGAUGAAAACUCUCGGCUCUGUUCAGAUGGGAGACACAACGAUAUCAUUCUAGUUAAUGUUGAAACAGAUGGCGAUUUUGCGAUCGAGAAAUGUAAGUUUCAUCGUUGUGGCGGUAAACGAGUCACGAUUGCCAGGAUUCCAAUGAACAAACAAAUUACAAUUGAUACUGAGGAAAGUACAAUCCAAGCAAGGGACGAAAAUCACGAUAAAGAUAUUAUAAAAGAUGAAAAUCAAAGUUUACUUAGUACUAAGAAGGAUAUAGCUUUGAUAAAAGUUGAAAACAUAUCGCAUAAUAGUAGCAAAGAUCAGGUGUUUCUUAAUACCAAAGAGGAUAUAACUUUUGUUGAGAUGGAGGACAUGGCAACGGAUGGCAGCAAAUCUCAAGCCUUUUUUAUAGGUAGAAGCCAAAAAAAUAUGUUAACUGGAAAAGAUAACAUUAAAAAUAGUAGCUCCAAACUCUCCCUCGAGCAGCAGAGAGUAAUCGCAGAACAACUCGAGCAAUUCUCAAAUCUAGAUAACGCCGAUGCGCCUUUAUUUAUACCAGAGCAAGACAUAGUAAAAGAUUCUAUAAUUUCUAAAAAAAAUCAGAAUAAUAAAACAUCCGCGAUUGAUGAUUUGACUCAAUUGAAUUUAAUAAAGCAAUUAGAGGCAGCACCUCGAGAAAAAUUAUUGUCGUUGGUCGAUAUAGAUGAUAACUUUAAAAAAAUGAAGAAAACUUCUGAUUCUUCAUCAUCCUCUUCUCUGCCUUCCGUUCGAUCUCCUUCAUCUUCCAUCAUGUUGUCACUAUCGAAUGUUGCGAAAGGUUCUCAGCCCUCGGAAGAUAUCAAGUCACAGAUUCAUCAAUAUUGCGAAAGAUAUCCCAAAUGCUUGUUUGUAGAUAUUUCUGCCGCUAAGAAUUGCUCCAACGACACCUCGGAAAGCUCAUUGAUGUCACAUACAGACGUAUAUUCACGAUUGAGUGAUAAUAAAUGUUCAGUUCUGCGAAUGCGAAUUGCCAGACCUCUUUGUAAUAGCGAAAGUAAUCUGAUCGGUGCUGCAAUUUAUGGAAAAGAGACUGAGAGAGCCAUAAAUCUUCACGACAGGUCUACUAAAUUAACACGAAGCUGUGAAAGUAUUUUAAAUAGUAAAUUUUUAUCUGAUUAUGAUGAUCGAACACGAUCCUCUGAAAAUAUCUCCGAAGAACUGGAUUCAUCUUGCAAGUUUUACGAUAAAUUGAUCUCAAAUCCUAACGGAAGUGUCCGAUGGCACCAUUAUCGUUCUCUUGAAGAAUUGAAAUCGAAAAAGAGAUCGAGAAAGCGAGACAAUUCGAUAAAUUCUAUUUAUGUUCAUUCUACCCAAACAAAAUUUGACAAAUUCUAUGAUGAUCAAUUAGACCUCGAGGACGGAGAAGACAUGCAUUGGAAUCGUCAUUUGUCGCUUGAAGAAUUGAAAUCUAAGAGAGAAUCGCACGAGCAAGACAGGUGUACGAAUUUAGAACGAUCUGCUGACGUACAGAGAUUUAACUGGAUGCUGAAAAAGAGACUUCGCAUGAAGCGCAUAAGCAACGAUCGGCUGAAAGAUAAUUCUCUUAAAUUGUCGCGUGAAAAAGCGAAAGAUAUGGAACGACAAAAAUUGAGAAUAGAAGGGAAAUCUCAUAGCAAGUUUGACGUUUCGAGAUGGAAGUCCGAUUCAGAGAGAUACAGUUGGAGUUUCCGCGAGAUCAGCUCACUGAAAGAUGAUGACCGGUCCGCUUCGCGUCCUCGUCGCAUGAGUGAGCGGGAUUUACCGUCGCGGCUUGGACAUGACGCCACUCUUCAGCAAAUCCAUAGCAGCAAGUCUGUACCGGCAUUGCAUAAUAUGGAUACCGAGGCUAAGCAACAGCAUGAAGUGUUCAAUCCCGGCUACAGCAGAGCUUCUUCCAGCAACAGCGUUACACCGCCUGUUCAACCACCUCCUAUGGCGACAAUCAACAGUGCAACUUCCUUACGUUCCAGAUCAAGCCAUAACUUGCAUGAUCCCAUGAGAAUCGGAACUUUACCGUCCACUGGCUUGGUCAGCAGGCAGCAAUCGUCGCCCAAUUUGAAUCCAAGUACGUCGCACAUGAAUGCACCAUCGAAUGUACAGGGCACAGAAGCAGAGCGAUUUUAUCAAAAUCUGAGUAUUUAUCGAAACCAAGACUCGACGGUGAAGCAACAAAUCAGUCCACAACAAUCAGAUGAUAGAAAUCUUCAGCACAUCCAAAAGGGUUCAUUAAAGGGUUCACAGAACUCAUUGAACCGUCCCUCUACUAUGGAAGUUGGCAACCAUUUCCGAGACCGUCCGACAUCCGCUUACAUCACCCAAGGCCAACAGCAGAGCUACUCGGCGGUUAGCAAUCAAAUACAGCAGCAUAUUGGAGGUCUACCACCACGUUCCCAGUCUUCGCGCGACAUUAUCCGCCAGGAGGCGAAGAUGCAGGAGAUGCAGGAAGAAGUUCGCCGACGAGAAUUGCGUGGUGGCGUACCAUUGCUUAAUCAACAUAGACCGCCAAUGUACAAUAUCGGCACUCGAAUGGCAGUUCCUCCUGCUCAACAAGUGUCGAACUUGCGUUCACCAAGGCCACUCGGUUCCACGUCGAGUCUAGGAACGACCUCCAACUAUGUCGCGAGACAAAAUGCGCCCAGUUACAAUUACCCGGAUGUCCAGUAUACUCAAUAUAACAGCACGCAGUAUGGUCAAUAUGGUCAAUACAAUCCCAACCGAUAUCCGGUAAUUGGAAGUCAAUUCGGCCCGAUGAUGAUGCCCAAAUCGAAAAACGAGACGAUUGCGCGCGACCAUCAGUCACUAAAUGAAAAUCUACUCGGUAGAGACUCGAGCAGCCAAGAGGCAAAGUCAUACGCCGAACAGAACCGACAUUUCGCAGGUUCACAGAAUAAUCCGCAUUAUCCGAAUGGUAAUCUAGAACACCGCGUCGAUCAAUAUGGGAAUGACAACCGUGCGCAAAACGGAGAUGGCCACUCUACAGAAGUGCCGCCAACGAGACCGGCUUUGCCAUCUGAGGAUACAUUUAGCGAAAGUCCACCACCGCCGCCGCCCAGCACUUCGACACAUCCUCUAUACAAGCAAGCCGACACGAGAUAUACCGCAAGCAUGCAGGAUCCACCACGAGGUAGUUAUUAUCCUGUGGGAGGAAUCAGUGCCAUGCAGCAACCGCGUCAGUAUCAAUAUAGCGCGACGAACCCUUGGCAACGCGAAGAAAGAGAGAAGGAACAAGCUCGUAGAAGAGAAGCCGCUCGUCAAUGGCGAGAUCAACAGAUUGCUGAGCUAAGUGCGCUGACACAUCGAACUCAGCAGCAGGAGGAGCAAUUGCGAGCUCUUCAACUGGAAAGAGAUUUCCAGAAGCGUGCGGAGGAGAUUGCCAAUCAGGACGAUGAUGAGGAGAGCAACGAUUUAGACAACGAAAGUGUGCAGCGCGUUCAGGGCUUGCUAAGGAUGGCAGCCAGUCAAGACAGAACUGUCCAUGGAGCUCUGCAACCACCGAUUUUAUCGAGAACAAUCACAGGCAACCAGUCUAUGAGAGGUGAUUUGCCUCUCCUGAGCAGCCAAUCUGUCACCAGCAGUCACACUCACAUUCUGCCCAAUCAAACAGUGCCUCAGAAUGUCGAAAUGAGCAGUCCUGGUCAAGAAAAUAAUAGCUUGCACGUACAACCAAAUCAGCAGCAACAACAAACGGCGGGUCAGAGUGAAGAGCAUGUAUCGCCAGCUAAUUAUGGCACACAUAGCCAUUUCAGUUCUGGUCAGAAGUCUUAUUCCAUGAGUAUGUCACAUUCCAUAGAAGAUAGGGAACUGCAACGGAGAAUGGAUGAAGUGAAGCGGAAACAGGCUGAAUAUGAGAACCAGAAAAAACAAGAAGAACAGCAGCAGCAAACAUAUCAGUCGAAUCAACAUCCGCGCAGCCAGCUACAUCCUGGCAUGUUGCGCUUAGACAACUUGAUUAUUAAUGGUCCUAACAUAUCUACGUCUUCGCAAAACAAUGUAAAUGAUGCACCCCCACCACCAGAACGAGGCUCUAGUUAUGCCGUUAUGUCUCAGCAGAGUGCUCUCAGAUCAAACGGCUCGACCACAUCUAAUCUACCUCCCACUUCUCAACAGUCAACAUCUAUGAAAAGAGUUUCUUUUCAUGAUUCGAAUGCAAACAGUGAGUCCAUGCUACGCAAUGUAUCAUCUGGAAUGUCAAAUCCGCCGUCAAUCUCAAUGGAUACCAUUAGAGAAGAUCCCAAUAAUUUUAUCAACGACGCGGAGAAUUUAUUAGCCUCUCCUAAGACACCGGAAGGAUCCGGGACUUCGUUUACUGGCGCCACCCCUGGUGUAAUCGGAGCUCAAGAAGUCUAUAAGGACCCGAGACAAAAGCGAUUGGCGGAAAAGCAGAAACAGCAACAAAACUCGCAGAUUGGCGCGGUGCCGGAAAAGCUCAGCUUUAAGGAGAAAAUGAAAAUGUUCGCGAUGGAGACUGGCGAGGAUGGCACACCGCGAGAUAAAGUGAAGAUCUCGCGCGCUCAGCGUGAGAUUGACAACAUCAGCAGCCCACUUAAUUCCAAUAAUAACAAUAAUAACAAUAACACCACCACCAGCGGCAAUAACACUAAUAACAAUAGGACCUAAAAAAUGUUACAUUUUUAUUUCCAGGCUUUAGCAAUUAAGAUAGAUGAAAUAUUUUUUGAAAUAUCUAGGGCGAUUGGACGAAAGUCACGACUGUGAACUGCAUAAUCGCGGCGCAAAAAGAUAAUCUGUUUAAAUUUUAUAUAAUUUGGCCGAAAGAUAACGUUUAUCACGCUGCUAACAUGAUACAUUUUUGUAGAUAUACAUAUACCUCAAUUUUUACAAGAAUAAUAUUUUCAUUUGAAGGAGCUAUCGUUAGCAAAGGGUAAGAAAAGUUUAUCACUUACGAAGCUUACAUUCAUAUUUUUUCUAUUAGCUAUAUUAUACAUAAUGAUUAAGAUUACUGAAUAUUUCUGCCUUAUUUUUCCCGAACGUCCUAGAUACUUUGUCGUGCAUUUUCUGGAUGAAGAAACAUACAGAGAAAUAUACAUACUGCGUAUAGUUAUAGUUUCGCAAGCAAUACAUUAUAAUUAAUUUUAUUACUAAUGAUACCACACAUGGGCUUACUUUGCAUUCAGAAUGAAUUCGAUUAGCCGGCAACGAUUGUCCACACAACGUUGAAGUACAAAUAAAAUUUUGUAUAGCUCUUUGACCAAAAAUGUUGUGUGUUUUGUGAACCAAUAAUGCAACAUAAUGUUGCGGACGUAUUUUAGUCGCGAUGAUAAAGAAACUGUCCAACCAUUUUCGUACGCGAUGCGUUCAAUAUUCCUAAAUACUUCCGGACCAACGUAAUCUUAUUAUAAAAUAACUGAUAUAAUUUGUCAAGACUAGUAUGGCAUAGGAUAACGCUCGCGAGUACUAAAUAAGCUUCUGAGAGGCAUGGAUUAUUUCGUGAGGGUAGCUUGCGAAUGUACAUAAAGAGGAGACGAACAGUAGGCCGGGCAGCAUGAUUAUUGUAUGUGUUAGUUUUGUAUUUAUCUCUCGGCAGCGAAAGAUUCUGAUAUAUAUUUAAAUUGUAUCACUGUAUCUGAUUUACACACUUAUGCCAUUAUGCACUUAACGAAGUAUGACAAAAUAACAAAGGUAGAUAGAAAAUAGAACAAAAAAUAGAAAAAAAAAGAAAAGGAAAACGUAUUCGUAUCAACGGGAACAUAUGUGCGCGCGUGUAUGUGCGUAUAAAUGACAAAAAUGAAAAAUCUAAAUAUAACGAAAGAUUUAUAUUUAUAUAUAAUGCGUUUC